AUGUCCUCCCCCGACGAGACCGAUGCUGCUCCCGCAGUAGCCCCCACGACACCUCAUCUUCAGCGAACUCAAACCGACCCCAGCCUUCGCAGCUGCUUUAUCUGCCUGCAAACGCCCGCUGAAACACCCAAUGCCGUAUGGGUCAACGCAUGUCCAUGUUCGCUUGAGGCGCACGAGGAUUGCAUGUUACGAUGGAUCUCAGAACACGAGCGCGAGAGCACCAAAACACUACGAUUCUGGAUGCUCAACUUCAUCGCUCCCGCGUUGAUGAUUCAAAAAGCCCUCCCGUCCCAGCUGGUGGAUAUGCUGACUUUGCCGGCUUCUAUCCUGUACGGCGCUUCGCUCGUUCUUCGCGAUGAAAUGCCUACUUGGCCACCAUCGCCAGCUUGGGUUCUGACGAUGAUGCCAUGGGUAAGCUUCUCGUACAACCGGAUCUACUACGAUAUCCUCGGUGGUUACGAGCGGCGCCUCAACAAGGCACUCAGGGGUCGUGGUCUUCCCAACGAGCAGCUACCUGCUGCAGCAAACAAUGAGGGCGGCCAACAAGCCAACGUCGCGGCAGAGAACCCCGCUCCAGCAGAGGAGGAUGACGAAGGCUACUUUGCCCAGGCACUGAGGGUUGGAAACGCUGUGCUCAACUUGAUGGGUGACGAGAACAACCAAGAAGAAGUUGUGGCCGAAAUUGAGCUUCACAUAGGCCCUGAGGAGGACGAAGCAGCCGCCAUUCAAGAACUCCAGGAAGAACUGAACGAACAGGGCAUUGUGGUGGUUGAGGAGGGACCAGCUGGCGAUGCCGUCGCGGGCGCGGACGAGCAGCCCCAGGAGCAAAACGCGAGCGAAGAAGGAGAUCAAGACGCCGCCGAACCACCACCGCCAAUACGGAUCGAGCCCCAGGGCAAUGGCGAGCAGAAUCCUCCCGCAAACGACAAUAACAACAAUAACAACCAAGCACAGGAGGAGCCGAUCCGGGAACGAAAUGGCGGCCCUUCGACAACCCUGACUGAUCUUGUCAAUGGCGUUGUCACGGCCAUUACCUUCCCGCUUGUGUGCUGGGGCGCAGGCGAGAUUCUGCGCCAUGCUUUGCCUGAGAACUGGAUCGUCAGGCCCCACCCUCGCGCUGCCACGGGCUUGCUUCAGGAGCAAUGGGGACGCAGCCUGGUCGGUGGGAUGGUAUUCAUCGUAGCGCGAGAUGCGGUCAAUUUGUACACUAAGCAUAGAAGGGUCGAGGUAAGGAAGCAUCGGAGGGUGAGGAACGUACCACGGCGGAAGUCGAAGCAGACGCAAACACAACAGGCCGAUGGGAACUCAUAG